AUGGGUGUUAUGGACUUACCACGCUUUGUCGUGGGCCGGAAAACACCAAUAUUACAUGUCUGGAAACAGUCACACGCUGACUCACGGCCACCGGCCAUAAGAAAUGACGGUAUUGAAACAGCAACUGGUCUUCCUCGCAGCUUAAUUCAACUCUUGGCUGAAUUUGAUAGCGAGAACACAGAAAAUAGUCUGUGGAUGUGGUGCGAUGCCGAAGGUGAUACGACUCAGUGGCUUCUAUGGAAUAUGUAUCGUCUGGCAGGAAUCCUUUCUAUGCGAAGCAAACAAAGGACCUCCAAUUCAAAUCCUGUCGAACAACCGGCACCGGCAUUGAAAUCCCUUAUCUCCCAAUCAAUUGCCCAUAUUGACGGAUACUCUGUGCUUACUCAACGUGCUGGAGUUGAAGAUCCAUCAGCACUAUUAUUUCCAUUGUUCAGUGUUGGCUCUCAUGCUUCGGCGCUUACCGUUGCACAGAAAACUUUCAUUUCUGACACCCUUCAUACUCUGAAACGACAUCAUACUUCGACUGUUCAAGCUCAAGGUCUGUUGCAGGUGUUGAACUAUCUCUGGCAGCAUCCACUGCUGAAUGCAGAUGAAGUUGCUCAGCAUUUGAGCCUAGAGAUCAGUUUACUGUAA